GUUUUCAUAUCUGGAAAAAAAAAUGGAAAUUUCACCCUUAUUCCCAACCAUCAGAUCAAUCCCACAAAACAACGGUCCAGAUUGAAAAUUUUCCAACACAUUAAAUUCCUUUUACACCUUCAUAAAUAUAAAUUUAACUGAAAAGUGAAAGAGUACUCAGACAAAGAUUUUGCCUUGUCUUCUUCCAUCUUUCCUUCUCCGAUGGAGUCUGCAACAAACUCUGUAAAUGACCAUUAUGCCCCUCCUCCACCACUAAGCCUAUUCAACAACACCCUAAAACUAGAAACACUAGAUUAUGACAAUGAAACUGAUUUUUGCAUGGACAACAAUUUUUGCAUGGCGUCCUUUGAUCCUUUCGAUCCCUUCGUUAGCGCUUUCUCCUCUUCUAAUUCGGUUUUCGAUUUACACGAGUUCAAGAAUUACGAGGAAAAUGGCAUCACCAGUACGACUACUUGUACUUAUAACAAUUUCCAAGGUGACGGAUUCUUGAAUUUUCCGAAUACGAAAGAUAUGUUAAUGAUGGAAAUCGAGACAUCUUUCUUGAACUGCGGUAAUGAUAAUAAUAAUAAUCCUAAGCCGCCUUUAGGGCUUCUUAGUGUUCCCGAUGAGAGCUCUGCCGAUAAUUUUGGCACGAAAAGAAACAGAAAUAAUAGCAAUAUUAUUAAUCCGAAGAACAAAAGGAAUAGCAAUGCGAAGAAGUCGAAAUCGGCUAAGGGGCAGUGGACCAUUGAAGAGGACAGGACGUUGAUCCAUUUGGUGGAGAAAUACGGAGUUCGAAAAUGGUCGCGUAUAGCGCAAACGCUGAAGGGUAGGAUAGGGAAGCAGUGCAGAGAGAGAUGGCAUAAUCAUCUGAGGCCUGAUAUUAAAAAGGAUCAAUGGACAGAGGAAGAAGAUAGAAUUUUAAUUGAGGCACACGGAGAAAUCGGCAACAAAUGGGCAGAAAUAGCGAAAAGGCUGCCAGGUAGGACGGAGAAUUCAAUCAAGAAUCACUGGAACGCCACUAAGAGGAGGCAAUUUUCGAGACGAAAAUGUAGGACUAAAUGGCCGAGGCCUAGUUCUCUUCUCCAGAACUAUAUCAAGAGCCUCAACUUUGACAACAAAAGCAGCGCGUCAUCAAGAAAUAAUAAUAAUAAUAAUAAUAAUAUAAAUUCUCCGAUAAUCGAGCCUACUAAUCAUGGAUUAGGCCUCGAUAAUGCGUCGUUAAACAGUGUUAUGGAAGAGGGUAGUUUUGUCCAAAUGCCGGAGUUUGAUGACGUGGUGGAUUUCGAUUUUGAUGAAGAUCGCAUGAGCAUCGGAUCAUUCAUGGAUGAUAUUGGUGAUGAACCAUGUUUUGAUCUGGAGUUGCCAUUUGAUAUGCCUCCAUUGAUAUAAUGCAGUGUCAACUGAA